AUGGUUUUAACACCACGUCAAUUCAAGCAGAAAGUUUAUCGCAAAGUGACGACAAUCCAAAACGAACACGUAGAAGGCUUCAAGCGUUAUUUCAAUCUUUUUGCUGAACUUAUCACUGAAAAUAAUAUAAUUCCGAUGCAUUUGUCUCGACCAUUGGAUAUUUUGACCAACUGUGAAGAAACUUUCCAAAAAGGAGAAGCAUUUAAUCGUUGGCUGAGUACUGAGAAUGAAAAUGCAAAAAAUAUUAAACUACCACCCGGUUUAGAACAAAUGAGUUGGUGGCCUGAUAUUAUUUGUAAAACAUAUCCAUACAUCAAUCUUCCAAGCGUAAACACUCAAUUCAAUUAUACUGUUCGAGCAGCUUGUUCGAUGUGCUCCAAGCAAAAACUGAACAAAAUUAAUCCCAAAAUAAUACCAUAA